GUGCUGUUCAGAGUUGUGCAGUGAGCAGAAACACUAGUGAAGACGAUCACAACCACUGAUGCCUAAUGCUGAAAAACAGACGUUUACAUCAGAGGUGCUUAUAGACUCAUGCUAGUGGGUCUAGCGUUACCAUGGAUAUUAGUGACUUUACGAGGCUGGAUGUGACCUCAGUUUGGCUUGUGCUCUCAGUGGUGGCGGUCGCAGCUGGUGUAUUCUGUCUCUACAGUCUGAUACUCAGGCAUUUAGCCAAGACAACUGUGAGGAACAAAGUGGUGCUGAUUACGGAUUCGCUGUCAACACUUGGAAAUGAAUGUGCAACACUCUUCCAUAUUGGAGGCGCCAGACUGAUCCUUUGUGGAAGUAACUGGGAAAAGUUGGAGACUCUAGCUGAGAAGCUGAUGAGUGAAUCAGAUCCAACACUUACGUUUCCGCCCAAACUAGUGGAGCUGGACUUCAGUAACAUGGAGAGCGUUCCUGAGGUGAUUUCUGAGAUCCUGGAGUGUUACGGCUGUCUGGAUGUUCUCAUCUUCAACAGCAGUAUGAAGGUGAAGGCUCCUGUACAGUGUCUGUCCCUCGAGAUGGACAGGAUCGUCAUGGAUGUGAACUACUUUGGGCCCAUCACGCUGGUUAAGGGUGUUCUCUCGUCACUGAUCUCCAGAAGAACAGGUCACAUUCUUCUAGUAAACAGCAUUCAGGGAAAACUGACGAUGCCCUUCCGCACCACCUAUGCGGCCUCCAAGCAUGCCGUUCAGGCUUUCUUUGACUGUCUGCGGGCUGAGGUUCAGGAAUAUGGGAUAACUGUCAGCAUUGUCAACCACACCUUCAUAAAAACUCCCAGCACGCACUCAGAGGAUGAAGUCACAGCUAAAUCUGUGUGGACAGACGUCAAACCCAGCUCCCUUGGUGUGACCCCUAAAGAGAUGGCAUCUGAGCUCCUGAAGACUCUGAGCAGUAAGAAGAAGGAGAUUUGGAUGGCCCGCUCCAUCCCUAAAGCAGCGCUCUAUGUCAGAUCGCUCUUCCCCAACCUGUUCUUCACCAUCAUGGCAGCAGGAGUCAGAAACACUGAAGCUGUGGAGAUGCCCGAUGACUGAAGGACAGUGGUUUUUACUAGAGCUGUAUACUAUUAAAACAGGUGUCACUGUCCUGUGUAGUCUUUAAAUAAAACGGCAGUUUUCAAGU